CUCUGCUACCGUAUGUUGGAUAUGGUGGUGAAAGAAAGAAAGUUCGUGAAAUGACGAUUUUCCAACAUAAAGAAUAAGGCGAACUGAGCGACCAUGACGACGGAAACCCGAAAAAGUAUACGGCAUAGUUGGCAGAAAUCUUCUUUAAAUUUAUUUUUCAUGUUUGUUACCAAUUUUAGUGAUUUUUAAGGUGUGUUUUUCCAAUUUUUUUGACAAGCUAGCCAGAUUGCCUGUGUGUGUUUGACCGCAUGGCUCUUCACUAUUGUUCAUCGUUGGCAUGCAGGAUUGUGUUCGUCCAGCGAGAUUAUUGUCACUGCGGAGCAGAGCUCAGCACCAGGGCCUAGGCCUAGAUAAAAUACUAUGUCAGCCCACGUCAAUGCAAAUUUUGCCUCGCAAAGUAGUGCCUUUUCUUCAAUAAAGAAUACGCACAUUGACAACGGCAACCAUUUAAACAACAAUGACGUGAUUGAAACAGAUAAUGCAGUAAAUGGUGCAACAACGAGCACACUCCGGACCGUACCGAUUAGUGUCACAAACGUUGACAACUGGUCGAGAACUAAUGCCCACAAUGCACAAAACGUUAUCAGGGCUUCAACAAUACGGUUGCUUGAUACGUAUCAAAAAUGCGGUCUUAAGCGAAAAAGCGAGGAGUUGGAUAACCAUCAACGGAGACGGACAGAAAAGGUGCACACAAAACAAUAUCAUGGAAGUAGUUUAAGUAGUACAGCGACGACGUCGACUGCAACGACGUCAAAGACAACCUCCAAAAAGAGUUCUAGUAGUGAUGGUGAUUACCAACUUGUACAGCAUGAAGUAUUAACAUCAUUAACGAAUCGUUAUGAAGUUCUGGAAUUUUUGGGGAGGGGAACAUUCGGGCAAGUUGUGAAAUGUUGGAAGCGCGGAACCAAUGAGAUUGUGGCAAUAAAGAUUCUAAAAAACCAUCCAUCUUACGCGAGACAAGGUCAGAUUGAGGUGAAUAUUUUAGCGCGGUUGAGUGCCGAGAAUGCAGAUGAAUAUAAUUUUGUACGUGCCUACGAAUGUUUCCAGCAUAAAACGCAUACAUGUUUAGUUUUUGAACUACUUGAGCAAAAUUUGUACGAUUAUUUGAAGCAUAGUAAGUUUAGCCCACUGCCACUUAAGUACAUAAGGCCUGUGACUCAGCAAGUACUAGUAGCGUUACUCAAGUUAAAAAGCCUGGGUCUUAUACACGCUGAUCUUAAGCCGGAAAAUAUAAUGCUUGUGGACCCUGUGCGCCAACCGUACCGUGUUAAAGUGAUUGACUUUGGUUCCGCUAGCCAUGUUUCAAAAGCGGUAUGCUCUACAUACCUUCAGUCCAGAUAUUAUAGGGCCCCAGAGAUCAUCCUUGGUCUACCGUUCUGUGAGGCGAUCGAUAUGUGGUCGCUUGGGUGUGUCAUUGCUGAGCUCUUCCUUGGCUGGCCUCUUUAUCCAGGUGCAUCAGAAUAUGACCAGAUUCGGUACAUCUCACAAACACAGGGCCUACCUGCUGAUAGGUUGCUCAGUUCAGCCACCAAGACCACUCGCUUCUUCAAACGAGAUUGUGAUGCUAAUUUCCCACUGUGGAGGCUGAAGAAAGCAGAGGAACAUGAGGUUGAAACAGGUAUCAAAUCGAAAGAAGCACGCAAGUACAUAUUUAACUGUUUGGAUGAUAUUGCCCAGGUGAACCUUCCAUCUGAUUUAGAAGGGGCCGAGCUUCUAGCAGAAAAGGCGGACAGACGAGAGUUUGUGGAUCUUCUAAAAAGGAUGUUAACAAUUGAUGCUGAGAAGAGAAUCACGCCUCUCGAGGCGCUAAAUCAUUCAUUCGUGACCCUCUCUCACCUUGGAGAAUAUGCACACUGUAAACAUAUUAAGAAAUCUGCUCAGACGAUGGAUGUAUGCAAAAGACGCAUUCCACUCUACAACACCACAGACACCAUUCAGUCUUCAUUCCCAGGAUUCAGUGCAACAGCAUCCAAUGCCAAUUUAAAUGUGGCUCUCAACAACCAGAUUAAUGCGUUCCAGAAUCAGAGGUCGAGGCAGUCUUUAGCAAGUACCUCGCACCAACCAGCCCCCGAGUUCCCAUUCCUCCAGUAUCAUCUCCAGUCCGGUCCCUACAUCCCAUAUCAACCGCCACAGAUAGCCCAGCGAGUUGCUGGUAGCUCACAAGGGUCACAACAACGCAGCGGCCAGUAUCCCCACCCAGAUCCUUUCCAACAGUCUCUGCAGAUGUCCUCGUUCGUAUGCCCCCCAGGGCUUCAAGGUAUCGCCUCACCCACCAAACAAGGUUAUCCAAUCAGAGUGGACAACCCUGUAGCGAUGGUACCGCAACAACAUCAGUCAAUUACUAUUCAGUCACAGGUGUUUGGCCAGGGUUCAGUGUUCAACGCCCAACAGCCGACACCUGUUAUGACACACGUGACACAAGCCCCACCUAACCACCCUGGUAGUCAGCAGCUUGCAUUAUCCAUGUCAAUGGGCAGCUCAGGGGGUCAGCAGACAUGGGCUCCAGGACCAAUGCCCCAAGGACAACAUGUUUUUAUUCGGCCUACUGCACCUGUGCAAUCAUGGCCGCCGAGUAACCAGGUUUUCUUGUCACCAUGGCAACAAGGUGCAGCAGCUGUGGCACAACAGCCUGUCAUUCCUGAAACGCAGCCAAUCAGAGACACAUGGAGACGGCAGUACGUGUCUGCAGCCCCAAUGUCGUGGCGUUCGUCUGAGGAUUCCGGAUUUUUAACCGAGCCGAGUCCUGCACUGUUCCCGAUGGAAGUUGGAGAGAGUUCUUUUUAUGAUCAUUGCCUAGAGAGAGGUGGUAUUACUUCCGGUCGCCCUGUACCGAUGCUCCAGAGUACCCCACAUCAAACCCUAGGCCUACCGCAAAGCCACGUACCUAGUUUACAGACACCAUUGUACAGAGGCAACCAGACAACAAGAACUGCCCGUAAACUUCCUGGUCAAGGGCGUGGUGCUAUGACAAAGAAAACAAAUCCAUCUUUUAGCAGUAGCCUCUCUCCCCAGAAGAAGCGCGUCAAAGCGAACUUAUCUCCAACGCAGGAUUUGUCCCUCACUCAAGUAACGUACGCCACAGACCGAUCUAAUGCUCCGAGUACCAGCAAGAGGCCUACUGACACAAAGAAAAGUCAAUACACAGGCAAGCGUGACCCAAUCGUGAUAGCCGAUUCACCCAGCCCAACACCAAGUGUCAUUACUAUUAGCAGUGACAGUGAAGAAGAACCAGAAAAAGCAACUGAUAAAGGGUGUUUAGAUGGCAGUUGCAAAGCUUGCAAUGAAACCACUAUCACACAUUCAUGCUCACUUAGUAGUACUAAUAGUAUUCUUAGUGCCAGUCCAGAUGCACCAAAUCACUACAUGUCAUCAUCAUACUCAUCCUUAGAGGUAUCGCCAUUCAAGGCAGAUGAUGUCAGUAAGUCUCAGCGCCAGAACGUUGUUAGUUGUGUGACGAUUCCUGACACUCCUGAAGUGUCAGAGAGUCCAGCAAAUCUCAACAGUAAUAGGGAUGAAGAGACUGUAGUGAAGGCACCGGAAAUUUGUAUAGAGUCACACGAGAACGAUGACCAUGACCCUGAGUCAAGGAGCCCUGCCCAGCAGGUUGAUAGUUCUAAUGCUAUCAUUGUCACUCCAAGGAGUUCUGGCAAGCAAAGUCAAAAGGUAGGAUUCCAGCAGAAAACCAUGGAAGGUGCUAAACCAAAGGAACCUACAACAGAACAUCGGAAGAAAGAGAAAUCUGGGCGAUUACCGUAUAAGAAGUCUGUUGAUGCACGCAAAGAUGGUGCUUUGGCGUUGAAGCAGGAAGCAAGUACGCGGCAGAAAGCUGACAAUUCGAUAGCAUUUGUGAAUCUGCCACCACUCAAGUGUGAGAACACGUUAAAUGCAAGUUCAAGACAAAAAGAGACAUCAGCAUCCUUGCCAAAGUUACCAACAAGCAUAAGCCAACAGUCAACUAGCAGUCAAGCUUCUUCCCAUAAAGCAAGCUCAUCAAGGUCAAGGGUAAGUUACAGAGAACCUGGUAGCUCAAUAGGUUAUCAGGAGUCAAGCGUAGCCCAAGGUUCACGAGAAAGUUCUCAAGGAAACAGAGAUGCCAACAGUAAUAUACAUGGACAUAGGGAUAUGGGAACUUCGCAGGGUUAUAAAGAAUCUAGCACUUUACCAAUGUUUAGAGAACAAGGGAGUUUGCAGGGUUAUCGUGAACCUGGAAAUAUCCCAGGCUACAGAUGUACGUACCCUUCGCAUCAAUCCGCUACAGGAUCGUAUGAUCGAAAUGAACGUUUCCGCCACGUCAAUACGUACUCAUCACCAACCGUGCAGAAUCUUCCGUUUCCAUUUCCCCAACAUGUGAGCCCAUCACAUAAACCUAUGGUUAGCCAACCACAUAUUCACAUACCUGCCCACAUGGCCCCACAAUUUGUCACAUAUCCAGGUUUGAGUUCACCUGUAGGACCCGCGAGUUUACCGUCGUUACCAUCACAGACAUCGCGUUAUGUUCAUUACAAAUCAAACAUUCCAGGUCAGCUGCCCUCGCAGGCAAUGUUGCACUCGCCGACAGUACAACAUGUGGCAUACAGGCAGUCGCCAACGAUUGCGCAUUCAUCCCAGUAUGCGCCGCCCUACAAUCAUCCGGUAUAUAUCAGAUCACCCUCUGGGAAUCUGUACUCCUAUCCAAUGAGUCCGACACGGAUGCGGCAACUGUACGUGUACCAGAGUCUGCCGGGUGAUUGACUGGCGGCACUGCGAGAUAAAUUUACUCAACUGAACAUGAUUGAUUAAUCUGUCGUUGCCAUGUUCUUACAAACUUUUGUGGGCAUUACAUACAUUUUUUCUGCUAGCCUGAACAUUACUAUAAACUGUACACUAUCUUAUAUAAGUAAAUAUAUAUCUUUCCUUGUUGGGAAUGCCAUCAAAUGCUAAGUUGCUUUGAGCCAGUAACUCUCACCUGAGAUUACCUACAACUGCUGCAUGAUAUUAGGAAAACGUUCCUUGGAACCGCCUAUACACAUUGAAAACUUUAAAGCAUACUUGUGAGCUAGUCGCAUUCCACAUGUGUAGGUGAAGAUUAUAUUCUAUUACAAUUAAAAGAGGUGACGCAUGUUGAAUAAUAAUUAGCAAUCGUUUUGAGCAAAAUUUGAUUGAAUAAUUGGCCUUUUGGCCCAACUAUUGCGUAUUGUUUAAUGAGUUUCCAGUUGAUAUUAAUAUUUCUGUUUACAUUUUGUGUUUGAAUUGUAUGGAACCUUUUAGUUUAUAAUGUGAUUCCCUUUAACCACAACACACACACACACAUUUUUUAUUCCAAUUCAGAAUUAGCAUCUGAAUUAACAAUAACAUUUAUGCAUAUAUUCAAUACAUGUAUGUUAUUAUCCAUGUAUGCAAAUGUAUGAUGCCAAGUAAUUAAUAUAUAUAUUUUUCAAAUUCAUAUAAUCCCCUUUGUCUCAACAUUCAUGUAUAUGUUCAAUACAUGCAUGUUAUUUCCAUGCAUGUAGAUGUAGUAUACAUGCACAAUAAUAAUAAAAUAUAUAUUUUUGAAAAUUUAUAUAGUGCCCUCUGUCUAAACAUUCAAUAUUCAAUACAUGAAUAUUAUCUAUACCUGCAGAUGUACUAUAAAUACAUGCACUAAUAAUAAAUAUAUUUUGAAAUGUGUAUAGCACCCUCUAUCUCAAAAGGUCCGAUUAAUAAUGUAUAUUUUAAAAAAAACCAUAAUAAUUAUGCAAACUCUUCUGUUCUGUGAUGCAUGAAAUACAGGUAUAUUCAAUAUGAAACAUUUGCUUCCUACUAGCUACUAGUUUUUUUCCAAUGGCACAAACAAGGGAACAUAGCCAUUGUACCCUACCCCCUCCUAAUUAUACCAAGUAAAAUGCUGGUGUGUGUGUGAUGUGUGUUUCAGCUUUGCCUUUUCCCUUUAUAUUCUUUAUUAGUAGAUAUCAAGCUUAGAUAAAAUGGUAUUUCCAGCAAUAUUUUCCCAUUAUCAAAUAAUGUAAACUUUUUGGCAUUUUAUUUUCCAUGUCUGUGGGUUCACUAUUUGACAUCUUUUCUGUAACCUUUAACAAAAUCAUCUUUGUUUCAAGGAAAAUAUAGCAUUUGCUAGUUGAGUGAAUUGUUCUCGCAGCAUAAUUAAGUGAUUAUUACCCUCUGUACAUUAAAUAAUUAAUAAGUUUUAAAAAAGGAUCAUAUUUGCCUCAAGUUUUAAAAACAAUUUGAUGAAGUUUAUUAUGCGGUUUUAGAUAUCUAUUAUUAAUAGGGAAUUUUAAGUUUUAUGAAGGUUUUCAGUUUAGUACUGGUUCAUAAGUAUAGGACAGAUAUUGAAAAUUGUUAGUUAUCUUUUUAUGUUAGCUAUCUAAAUGCAUGAGUGCGGUUGUAUGUUACAGUAUAUAUUCAAUAGUAUGGAUUUUUAUGAAUGUUUAAGCAGACAGAAGAAAUUUAACCUGUUUUGCAGUUAAAGAAAAUGUUGUGGUCCAAUAUGCUUAUAUCUGGGGAAUGUAAUAUGCAGUAUAUUUGUCAUGGAAUAAACAAAGGAUUGUUUGCCAAAGGAUACGACUAAUGUAUUAGACAGCAUGUUUAUAAUAAAGCACUAUUUUUCCUAGAACAGAGAACAUUGUAUUUUACUGUUUAAAAAUGAGGCUUUCAAAGUUGUCUUUCCAUGAAAAAAAAAUAGAACAAUAAAUAGGAUUGACCUAUAUUAGGAAUUACAAAUUGUAAGUUUGAAAGUCUAAAUAUGUAAAUGGAAGAUAAAGCUUGUUUGUAAUAUAUAGAUAGUAAAUUCCUGCACUAGAAUUGUACAGAACAGAGAUUUAAUACACUAUGUGUGCAUUUAAAAAAUGGAAACUUUGAUUUAGUGACAAUUUAAUUGUACAGCAGUAAUUUUGAGUAGUUGCAGUACUUUUAGAAAGUAAGUUAUGAACUAUUGAAAUUUAUCUUGUAUACUCCCAAAUUCCUAUUGGUUUGUAAUUUUUGAACAUGGUUUUCUGAAAGUUUGGUGGCAUGUCAGAAUAAAUGCUUUCAAAUUGAUUGGCUGAUUUUUUUUUUUUCAAACAGUGUAAAACAUGAUGGAGCAAUUGUUUAGAAAUUUAAGAAAAUUAUAGCAAAUGUUUUGAUUGCUGUUAAUAAUGAUGAUGGAAAUUUGUUUUGUAAUGAAUUUUGGUUUUUUUAAAGAAAGCAAAUGUAUGUAUAUAGAUGAAGUUAAUAAUCGGAUGAUCUUGUAGGUCAGGGUAUUAAAGGAUCUCAGAUGAUGUUUGCUAGCAUGUCUUGCCGGUCAAGAAAGCCGAUGGAGGUGUUUGCUAAAAGCAUACAAUCCGAUACCCAUUGUAUUUUAAAGAGAUUGCUAGAAAUUGUUUCUCGAGCAUAAGAGACGAGUUGGUUGUGUCAAAAAUUUGUUGAAUUAGUAUUAAAAUGAAUGGAAGUAUUUAAACUGAAAGACAUUUGUAUUGUUUUGAAGCUAGACAAUAAAUGUAGUAUGUUCCUUUCAUGUUUUAUUAAAUGAUUAUGAUUAUAGUUUUAUCGAAUAAUGUAGAUAUUACAGGUGUGUUAUAACCAUAGUUUUGUAGAGUAUUCACUGAUAGCUGAUAAUAUUUUAUUUUGGAGCAAAAUCUAGCAUAUCUUGGAAAUUUUAUGUAAAAUGGAGCCAAAGUUAUUAUUUUUUGUUAGUUUCAGAAACUUCUCCAUUUAUUUUUAAAGGUUAUUUAAUGAUUGUGUAUUUUCAUUUUGUUUUUGUGAUAGGAUAUCCUAGCUUUGUGAUUGAUUUGUAGUAAUAAUUGUAGAUUGAAAUUUUGAAUAAUUGUUGAGGUCAAUUUAUCGUUGUGGACGACUUGUUUGAAUAUCUCCAUAUUAUAUGGUGCUAAACUAGUGGGAUUUGUCUUAUUAAAACUGUAAUAUAUUUGCUAAUUUGUUCUACAUAUAUAGUAAUUGAAAGGGUGGCUUUCAAGAGAUUUGGCUCAAACUAGCCCCUAAUUUAGAAUUGGUUUUCAGUAGUACUAAAUGCUAACUGUUAAUUGAUAAUGCUAUGUAUUAUAUAUAUUGUUAAUUUGAUGAAUCAUGUAGAUUAUUAUAUUAGUAUAUACUAGAUACAAAGCAUUAGGACUUAGCUUUCAAGUUCUACCUCUUUGUAUAAAUUAGUACCUCUUUUCUUGAUUACCAUGACCACUUCCACCAUUAGAAAUGUUUCAGUUGCUGUUGUAUGUUGUCACCAAUGUUUCCAGUAGAAUUUAAUAUGUAUUAAGUCAAUAGACGAAUCACAGAUGGUUGCCAGUAUCUACAUACUUAUUGUUUAAAUAUAAAUUUGUUGUAAUUGGUUUAGCAAGGUAGUAAACAUUUUGUGUAGUACCUUAUUAGAAAGCAGUUUUUAAGAAUCAACAUUGUUUAUUUUUUUAAGUUCUCUUUAAUAUUUGAUGUUUUGUUAUUUUGGGUUGUCUUUUACUCUUAUUAUUAGGCUUGUUUAGUUCUCUAUUUUUUGUUUCAAAUGAAGGAAUGUUAAAUGUUGUCAACAAUGUCUUUUACAUUAACAUUCCAAAUAAUAGCACAUUGAUAACAAUGAAAUUUGGUUUUAAAUAGUACAAUUUUCUAGAAAACAAUAAUGUAUUUGUUGUCAUUCCAUUGAUAUUCUCUUUAGCUUCAUCUGAUAAGGCCACAAACAACGUUGGCAUAUCUACUACAGAAACUUAAUUUUGUUGUUACAGUAUACAGUACAGUAGAAGCAUUUUGUAUAAAUUACCAUUGUCAAAUUUGUGCUUCUUUUAGAUGUACUGUACAGUGGGAGGUGAAGCUGUUGUGAAUAUCUCAGUUAUUUUCAAUCCAAUGGAAUAUUUUCAAAGGAAUGGUUAGCCUUGACAAACACUGCCAUGAUUAUGAUGUUUGUUCAUCAAUUUUGCAUUCUAGUUAUCCAUAAGCUUAUAAUAUUACACCUACAUUAUGUAUCAUAUUUAUUGUUUUUUGAAACUGCCAAUUUUCCUCUAUUUAGCAUGGUUUUCAACCCUUACUUGCAGCACUUUUUUGUAUGUUAUUUGCAAAAUUCCUGACAAAUACAACAGUUUUAUAAAUGAAUAACCAUAACUAAACCAUAUAGAAAACAUGGAUAGCCCUAUAAACCAAAGAAAUAUCUCAUUUACAUCUGAAACUUCAAAUAAAUUGCAAAAACAAAAUAUCACAACUGAAUUUCUUUAUUCAGUUUACUGUUUUAUGUACCUUGACCUCUUGUUUACGUUUCUAAUGAAAUUUGGUAUUUGGCCUUAGAGGUUGUGAACACACCAAUUCAGAUAUUUACAAGUCUAUUAAAUCUUUAUUGAAGCUUAAUAAGAUUUGGUGGUUUCAAUGGGUUUUUGUUACAACACAUGACAGUGCUGUUCAUUUGUUUGGAUUCCAUGUCUUACCACUAAACUACUACAGUAUUAAUUCUAAUUAUUUACUAGUUCUGUGAGUGUUCCUUUUUCUUUCUUUUUUUUUUGUAUUUAGUAUGUUAUGAUAGUUGUUGUAAACAGUAACCAUCAUAACAUUUCCUUAAUCUGCUUACCACUACUAUAAUUAAAAUACUACAGUACAGUAUAUUUGGUUUUGUUGACAACAUUUGUAUCUUUUCCUAGUGGUCAGUAUUGUUGGUGUAUUACUAUUAAUUUAAUAGGUUUUUAUGCAUGUGGUGCCGUAGUAUUUAAUGAUUUUGUAUUAUAUAGUGAGUAUGAAUGACGACGAUAAAAUGUAGCAAGUAGACAUCGAAUAUAGUUUGCAUACAUUAGAUAUUUUGUUAAGUACUUUUAUGUGAAUUCGAAAUGCAAUUUAUUGACUUGCAAUUAAAAUAUCUAUAUAUAAAUAUAUGUAUGUAAGAAGCCAAAUGCUUAGUAAGUUAAUGGGAUUAUUACAAAAAUUAAGUUCGUUCUUGUCAUUUUGUUAAAUUGGACAAGUCGAUCUUUACACUGAUUUUGGAUGAAUGUUCACAUUUUGGUUUAGUAAAAUACAGAUUAGAACAAUUAGUACUAGCCGUUUUGAAUUUCUACUCGCAUAGGACGAUUGAAAUGCUUCAAUAUAGAAAUACUUCGAGACCAAUAUUAAUUUUAUAUGCUAUAUUAUAAAUGAAUCGGGUAUAUUAAGAAGCAUUAACCCAUAUAACUGCAUACUCAUUCGUGUACUGUAUGUAACACAGAUUUACUCUGUUGUGAAUGAUGAAUUUAAGUGCUUGUAUGGAUUUACAAUGCUUUUUUUCAAUUCGUUGAUAUAAAUAGGUUGUAGCUGAUAGCAUGCUUUGGUGUUAUUGUUUGAUUCUAGGUGCCUACAAUUUACAAAAUAUAUGUUGAAGACUGUGGUUGAAAAUAAUUAUUAAUUCCAUUUUGGAUUGUGUGCUUUUUUGAUAGUUGUAUAAUAUGUAAUAGCUAAUCUAUUUUAGAAAUUAUUUUUGUCCAUUUUUCUCUUUAAAGUACUGUAUCUCUACAUGUUUCUAUGUUGUAUUUUGACUACAUGUAACAUGGAACGGGCUAUUGAGUGUUUUUCAGUGAAAGGUAGACAUUGGUUUGGUAGAGCAGUAUGAUAAUGUUACCAGGCAUAAAUAUUGUACCUUUCCAUUGAGCACAGCCCCUUGGUUAUUGUUUCAAAUGUUGCACAAAAUGACAUCGUAAACGAAUGUACGUAAUGCGCAAACGUGCAUUUUUUUGGACAUAAAAGUUUAUUAAUAACAAAGAACAUAAAUGGCAGAAGACAGAGCUCUUCGCGUAGUUUGCAUUAAAUUUGAUGGAACGUCCACACUCCCUAGAAUGGAGGAAAAUUAUUUCUUGGAGUGGAGAAACUAAUGAAAACAAACAAAUCAGAGAUAUCCAACCAAUCCAAAAUAUAGCGCCGCCACUCGGAUGGAGGAAAAUUGCUCUCAUGGACGCCCCCAUGGGGCGUACUACAAUAUCGCGAACUGCUCUAUCUUUUGCUAUUUAUUAUCUUUGUUAUUAAAGCUUAUAUAUUCAUGGUCCUGUUCUGGAAAGGUCCAAUUUUAUACUGGUUCAUAACUGUAGACCCAAGUAACACAUUUUUUUGCUUCAGCUGCUGAGUUGACGAGUUCAUAUUGCUUUUCUUCCUCAAAUUUAUUGAAAAUUAACUUCAUUAACUUUUUGAUCAAGGUUUGUUUUCAUGAUGUGCUUUGCAAUGAGGUAUUCCACAUACUGUAAACCAUUUACAUACUAGAUUUGAAUGCUGAAGAAAACAGGUGUGCAAUACGUAAAGGUUUAGGAUACUUGAAAACAAAAACAAAGUUGUACCACUAUUGCUAUGGUUUCACUUGUUCAAAUGUUGUAUUAUUAUAAUGUUAGAAAAUUGAAUGUUCUUCAUGUUUGAUCAUGCUCAGUCAUUUAGCAAGCUUUGAUAUGUUAAAUGCGGCCCAAAUGAUUCGGAUAUUUUUUUAUGCGAGUGGUAUUUUUGUUGAAGCGUUCUGCAUGUUGUGUUAUAUUGAGGUAGGGAGCGCUUUCUUGAAUUCUAGCUGUUGCCUUUACAGUGUUUGAUUCGAGGAAAAUGGUGACAAAAGAAAAUGGUUUUUCUGGUGUAUGGGAGAUUUUUUGAAUAAAUAAUCAUAUUUUACUGCAUAA